CCCUCUAGCCUCUGUCUCUGCUGGGAUGGCGAUUAGGUGGCUGGAGGGCCAGGACUCAGUUCCCCUGCCCUAGUCCGGGGGUAGUGGGUGGAACUCCACACAGAACUGGUUUUCCACAAGCGGAUUUCGUUUAUUUUUUGCUGCACUUUCGCUAAGUUAAAGCCGAAGGAAAAAGCGCAGAGCAGGAGCCGCCCCAGGCGGCAGACACCUGCGGGGGAGGAGGGGAGCGCCUCCCGCAGACCCAGGGGACUGGGACCCUGAGUGACCUCACCAUGGUGCGUUUUAGCCGCUACUUUCUUUUUCAGCCUUUCUGAGCAAGGAAGGGGAGAGGUUCUGAAAAGAAGUCGCUUGCAGCAAGGAACGGAACUGCAAGGGGUCCUUUGGGGUCAACAGAGAGACAGUGCGGAUUGGCAAGGCGCGCCCUGUCGCUGCCUGAGAGCCGGAAACGCAGCCACGAGGUCUGGGAAGCCGCCGGGCACCCCAGUCACCGGUGUCCUUGAUCUGAGAGUGGCUACUAUUGUGUACUUGUGUACUCUCCCACACAAGAAGUCAGCUUACUAGGCGGUGAUCUGCAGCCUGUCAGAGGCCGCCAGCACCAUGUUCUGCACGAAGCUGAAGGAACUCAAGAUCACAGGGGAGUGCCCUUUGUCCUUACUGGCCCCAGGGCAGGUUCCUAGAGAGCCAGCUGAGGAAGCAGCAGAAAGCUCAGAAAGCUGCAAAGCAACUCUGCCCAUCUGUCAGGAUGUUCCUGAGAAAAAUGUUCAGGGAAGUCUUCCUCAAAGAAAGACCAGUCGGAGUCGAGUCUAUCUUCACACUUUGGCUGAGAGUAUUUGCAAACUGAUUUUCCCAGAGUUGGAGCGGCUGAAUCUUGCUCUUCAGAGAACACUGGCAAAACACAAAAUAAAAGAAAGCAGGAAAUCUUUGGAAAGAGAAGAUGUUGAAAAAAUAAUUGCAGAUCAAGCAAUUGCAGCAGGAGUUCCGGUGGAGAUCAUCACAGAAUCUCUCGGUGAAGAGCUUUUUCAAAUCUGUUACGAGGAAGAUGAACACAUCCUCGGUGUGGUCGGAGGGACCCUCAAAGAUUUUUUGAAUAGCUUCAGCACCCUUCUGAAACAAAGCAGCCACUGUCAAGGAGCAGAAAAGAAAGGCAGGUUUGAGGAUGCUUCCAUUCUAUGCCUGGAUAAAGAUCACGAUUUCUUAAACGUUUACUAUUUCUUCCCUAAGCGAAUCACAUCCCUGAUUCUUCCCGGCAUCAUCAAGGCAGCUGCUCACAUACUGUACGAAACCGAAGUGGAAGUGUCCUUAACGCCUCCGUGCUUCCGGAGUGACUGCAGCGAGUUUGUUAACCAGCCUUACUUGUUAUACUCCCUUCACGUCAAGAGCAGCCGGCCGUCCCUGUCCCCAGGCAAGCCCCAGUCCUCGCUGGUGAUCCCCGCUUCCCUCUUCUGCAAGACGUUUCCUUUCCAUUUCAUGUUUGACAAGGAUCUCACGAUCCUGCAAUUGGGCAAUGGCAUUAGAAGACUGAUGAACAGGAGAGACUUUCAAGGAAAGCUCAACUUUGAAGAGUACUUUGAAAUUCUGACUCCCAAAAUCAGCCAAACAUUUAGUGGCAUCAUGACCACGUUGAAUAUGCAGUUUGUUGUCCGAGUGAGGAGAUGGGACACCUCUGUGAAGAGAUCUUCAAGGGUCAUGGACCUCAAGGGCCAAAUGAUCUACAUAGUUGAGUCCAGUGCAAUCUUGUUCUUGGGGUCACCCUGUGUGGACAGAUUAGAAGAUUUUACAGGACGGGGGCUCUACCUCUCAGACAUCCCAAUUCACAACGCCCUGAGGGAUGUUGUGUUGAUAGGCGAACAGGCCAGAGCUCAAGACGGCCUGAAGAAGAGGCUGGGCAAGCUGAAGGCCACCCUUGAACAAGCCCACGGAGCCCUGGAGGAGGAGAAGAAGAAGACCGUCGACCUCCUGUGCUCCAUAUUCCCCGGCGAGGUGGCGCAGCAGCUGUGGCAAGGGCAGGCUGUGCAAGCCAAGGAGUUCCGCAGCGUGACCAUGCUCUUCUCAGACAUCGUUGGGUUCACGGCCAUCUGCGCCCAGUGCUCACCGCUGCAGGUCAUCACCAUGCUCAACGCUCUCUACACUCGCUUCGACCGGCAGUGCGGACAGCUGGAUGUCUACAAGGUGGAGACCAUCGGUGAUGCGUACUGUGUGGCCGGGGGAUUACACAAAGAAAGUGAUACGCAUGCCGUUCAGAUAGCGCUGAUGGCCCUGAAGAUGAUGGAGCUCUCCAAUGAAGUCGUGUCUCCCCAUGGAGAACCUAUCAAGAUGCGAAUUGGACUGCAUUCUGGGUCGGUUUUUGCGGGCGUGGUUGGAGUUAAAAUGCCCCGUUACUGUCUUUUUGGGAACAACGUCACCUUGGCUAACAAAUUUGAGUCUUGCAGCGUACCACGGAAAAUCAAUGUCAGUCCCACGACCUACAGAUUACUCAAAGACUGCCCUGGUUUUGUAUUUACCCCUCGAUCAAGGGAGGAACUUCCACCAAACUUCCCCAGUGAAAUUCCUGGAAUCUGUCAUUUUCUGGAAGCUUAUCAACAAGGAACAAAUUCAAAACCAUGGUUCCAAAAGAAAGAUGUGGAAGAUGGCAGUGCCAAUUUUUUAGGCAAAGCAUCGGGAAUAGAUUAGCAAAAUAAAUACAUGAUCAGUAGGCUUUGGGGUUUGACUCCUUCGAGUAUGUGUGGAACCUCCGAAAGCACUUUAGGUUUGCAGAUGGCUACAGAGCAGUAUUAAAAUUUCAGGAGCUAGUCACCAUCUACUUUUCUUCCACUUAACAUGACAAAAAAAUGCAUUCACUUUAACACUCAAACUGUUCGGUGGAAAAAAAAAGAAAGAAAUCUGAAAAAGUGACUUUUGGGAGGCUUUGUUAAUGUAACAAUCACUUAUUACCCGUAUUCAAAAUUCGGCACAUUGUACAUAUGUCAGGCAAUUGUAGUGACCUAUACAACCUGAUGGAGUCACCUGUGCUCUCGUGCCUGGUGGAAUGCCAUGCUCAUUAAUGUGUAUUUGUGAUAGUAUGGCCUUAAAAAAGCUGUUUGAAUAUAAAUUAUAAUGUUUGAUGCCAGAAGCUCUUUAAACCUUUCAACUCUACAUUUUAUUACAUUGCCUCAUUUAACUGUCUGCUUAUAUAACAAAAUAGAUUGUUGUUUCUCUGUUGCACUUUUUUCUUUUUUUAAGAAAAUAAGCAAUUAUGGGUUAGAUGCAAUAUGAAUAUAAAAUAGUUCUAUAAAUAUCAAAGAUUAUUUUAUAACCAUGGUCAUCAUACCAAUAAAUAUUUCCUUUUGUUUGACUUUUUUUAUAAUUCUGCACAUGGUAAAAGCUAUUACCAUUCAUCUUAACAGCUUAAUUCUAUUAAUUCACUUUCAUGUCAUAACAUUCAGGAUAAAAGAGGCUUGCAGCCUAUAGUAAAAUGCAGUAUCAUUCUAAUUAAAUUUAACCUGAAGCAGCAUAGGAGUGAAGUAAGCAUCCAUAGAGCAUACCAUAAAGUCCAGGUAAAACGUUACACACACACACACACACACACACACACACACACACACAGUAACUUGGAUUUCUUCCAGCCGUCAUCCUUCAUUGCCAUGCUGAGCCAUAUAAAGUUCCAAUAAGAAAAUCUAAGUUCAGAAGUGGGAAAUAAGACUUCUUUUUGCUUAUAGCUUAUUUUUAAGUAUGCUGAACACUUUGAUGUGUGUACAUGUCCUAAGAAUCAUUAAGAUGUUUUUGUCUUAUUAAGUACACAUCUGUGAUUUUUUUUUCUAAUUGAAGUAUCUCAAUGAUAUUUUUAAAAGAAAAUGUUAGUAUUGAUGAAGCAAACGAUGCUGUGAUUUCAUUUGAAAAUUCCUAAACAUUUUUCUGAAACUUGAACUUUCAUUUCUUAGGAUGUUAAUUUAAUGUCUCUCAUGAACUAAAGAACCUGCAGUUUGGUUUGGGAUAGGAUUUCAUUUUUAAAAGAGCUUAACUUCAAAGCAAGAGAAAGAUGACCAUUAGAAUUUUCAAAUCCGUAUUAACAGAGCCAUAGAUACACUGAGCUCUUAUUUUGGGUUCAAGGAAGUAACUCAGUUUCAAAGUUCCUUAAUUAUCUUCAAUACUCCCCAGGAUAGUGCAUGGUGACCUCAGGAAUAAAAAGUCAUUACUGAUUGGCCUCUAGACUCCCAAGUGUACUACUACAGAUGUGAAAAUAACUAUUUGCUAAAUGAUACCUCAAUGUUUUGAAAGACUGAUUGUGUCUCACUAAAUACCAAUCCUGUUAUUGGAAAGUACCAUAGGCUUUGGGAAAAUACAGUUUCUCACAAUUAUAUCAAGUUAAUAAAAGUAUUUAGAAUGAAAAUAAAGACUUAAAUACAUUUUUUUCCUUUUGGAGUUGAACCCUUAUUUCAGGGAAAAUAAUAGGAAUUAAAGGAAAUUUUAAAAAUAUAUAAGAAA